AUGCUGAUGACAAAAACGAUCCCGGACGCCGACGGUUGGACCGACCAUCGCCUCGUCAUCUCCGAGGUGCGGAUUCAUCUACAGUCUCGCAGGAGACCUCCGGGUAAGUGACCUCCAGGUAAGCUGAAUAUUGCUUUGUUAUCUGCCUGCUAACCGUCUCCGUUUCGGCAACGAGCAAAAUUAACGGUUAACCAACCUUCCAGUCUCCGCCGCCCGUCUGCCUCAACUGGAGACCAACGUCGACCUCGACCUCCUGCCAUCCCUGCACGAAACCAUCAAGUCCGUGCAACAAGUCUCCAGCGGGAAAGCGCCCGGAUCGGACGCGAUCCCUGCUGAGAUCUACAAGCACGGUGAUCCCCAACUCAUGGAUCAUCUGACUGCUCUCUUCCAGGAGAUGUGGCGUCAAUGA